AUGGCUACAGUGCUAAUAUGCCGAAGAUUUCCGAGACUGAGCAGGGUGACUGCAUUUUCGACUACAGCCAAGUGCAAGGCCGAGAGCGGAAGCAGCAAAAGUAAGCAGAAAAAGGUAGAGAACCUGGAAAUAGCUGACACCGGCACCAAAUCUGCGGCUACAAUCCAGUUGCUGGAUCCACUAGACUACAGAGUUUUCUAUAACCCGUCUGCCUAUGCCAAAAGCAGAGCUGCCUCCCGGCAGCACGCUGCCAGCAACAGCGCUCUCGGUGACGCUUUCACCAGCCCUGGCACCGCACAGGUUCAGCAUACGGUCGGUGCCGCCUCUUCUCAAGCUGUGCCACCCGUCAGAAAUGCCCACCCAAAGCCCAGGUCCAAACCGCUCCUCGAGCAGAGCAUCUCGGCUCAUCUCUCUGCGGCACAAACCAAGGAGGAAGCAGAAAAGGAGAAAAUGGAGACACAUGACUCCAAGGAGGACCCUCGCGCGUUUCAGAAGGGGAGGCCUGAAUACAGAGCUCUCAGCUACGACAAGUUUGAGCCGGUAGAGACCCUUCCUUUAGAAGAAGGUGACUCGAUUUUACACAGUGUGGCCACGUGCGAGGGCAGCCAGAGCCCAGGAACCAUCACAGAUUGUUUUCGCAAGCUGAGUCGUCUGCCAGUGGAAGAACAUGCAGCAUUGGUGUCCGAGCCCGGGUUUGAUAUGCUGUGUCGCUGUGCUGUCAGAAACAUCGGGCUCUUCAGUACUUCCGAUCUCAUCGAUGUUUUGAAGGCUUGCGUCCGUUUGGUUGUUCCGCCCACCCACCCGCUGCUGAACGCCUGCGAGAAGGAGUUCUGCCGGCGCGUGUGGGACAUGAACCUCGAGCAGCUGCUGCUGGUGGCCGAUUGCUGGCGCUGUCUGGAGCGUAGCGUGCCUUCCUACCUGAGCAUUUUGUUCAGCUAUGCCAACAUGCACUGGAAAGACCUCACUUUGCCCCAGUUUGUUCAGCUCAUUUAUAUCAUAGGGGAAGGCCGGAGGUCACCUGCAGACUUGACGCAGAAGGUGGAGAACAUGAUUUUGAAGUACUUGGACUCCUUCACCUUGGAGGAAGUGGGUGCUAUCUGCUUAGGGCUCUUCAAGUCCCUCGGUGAUAUCUCUGACCGCGUCAUGAGAAAAAUUGCGGACAGAGUCUCCCUGGAGAUGGAAGACAUGAGCAGUUACGCUUUGGUGAACGUGCUUAAAAUGCUCCGCUACGCUCGCAUGGACCACUUACCCCUCUUGAAGGAACUUGGGAAGGUUAUUCCCGCUCGGAUCCCUACAAUAAACAUCCAGGGCAUCAUGCACAUCACUCUUACCUGUUCAUCCUUGCACUACUUUGACGAAGGCAUUAUGGCUGCUGUAGCCAAGUCUUUGCCUCCUAAGGUGACUUACUGCCGAAGCAAAGAUGCCGCCAAGUUCUUGUGGUCGUUUGGAUGCCUGGACUAUGAACCUCCGAACGAAGAGGAGUUUUACUCCAGCCUGGUAGAGCAGAUGCAUAGAAAACUCCAUGAAUUUAGGAAGUUUCCGGAGCAUCUCCUAACUGGUUUGCUUGGCCUGGCAUUUGUCAAACGCUUCCCAGAGGAGCUGAUAGACUAUGCUUUGAGGGAUGAGUUUGUCCAGAAAACGAGAGGUAGUAAAUAUGAGCUCAAAAAGGACCUGUUCACCCUUGGUAAGAGUGUUGAAAUUGAGUGUCCAGGCUACCAAGGCAGCCGCCUUCCACCUCAGCUUUAUCGAGAGAUUACCGAGAUGGUUUUGGAUUUUGCAGAGCAAGAGAUCUAUGUCAGGCCUGAAAUCGUGGAAGCUGUGUCUCUUCUCAAGAGCAUGUUAGGUGGCCCCGAGUACGUGAAGAACCACAUGAUCCUGCCUCACACGAGAUCGAGCGAUCUGGAGGUUCAUCUGGCCAUGGAUGGACAGCCCAUCCCUUUCAACUCAAAAGACCCUGCUGCAGAGAAGAAGCUAAAAGACAUCGGAGUUAAUCUAACAGAUGACUUAAUGACUCAGCUUAUAAAAGGGAGAUCUGAUAGCCAGUCUCCUGUGGAAGUGGAAAACGAAGCCAGGACUCCUGGUCAGGAGAGGGGGGAAGAAGCACUGACACCGCACACGCGGAAUCGGGCUGUGCUUUCCGGUGGAGAUGCCGGAUUGCGAGUUGAGCCUAAAUCGGGGCACUGUCUCAAAGCACCCCCAUCUCUUGCGCUGAAUCCUCAGCCUCGGGGGGUGAAGCUGGCUAUUCAGGUGUCCAACCGAAACCACUACUGCUGCUGCUCCAAGCGGCUCCUGGGGCUGCACCGCCUGAAACGACGGCAGCUGCGGCAGCUGGGGUACGUGGUGGUGGAGCUGCCCUGCUGGGAAUGGUUUCCUCUGCUCAAACGCACGCGUUUGGAGAAACUGAGCUACCUCCAUUACAAAGUGUUCGACCCGGCGCUGCUCAGCGGGGCUGGCUAG